AUGUCGAACGACACCUUCUCAGGCGGCCUAAUGGCUGAAGAUCCCGCCGUCGCCCAAGGGGCGAUGGCGAACGAAUAUAUGUUACGUUGGAAACUCGCCGGAACUCUUUUGGUCUUACUGGCUGUCUCCCAAGUCACCAAGAUGAUCUACCGGGCUCAUAUCGACCCUUUGCGAGCCAUACCAGGACCUUGGAUCAGCUCAGCAACAUCGGCCUGGAUCCGCUGGCAGCGAUGGCAUGGCAGACUGUCCUUCGAAGCAGACAAGCUCAUGACAAAAUACGGAUCCAUAGUUAGGAUCGCACCAAACCUCGUCAUCCUAAACGAUUCUGAGGCAGUGGAGAGAAUCUUUGUGAGGAAGGACCUCGACACUUCUCCAACAUCCAUACGAGCCCUCCGCGUCGGCGGUCAUGACUGGACCGUUACAUACCCACAACACCCCAUCGCACGCCAGAGACGACAUCCAGUAAUGAUUGCUACCACAACGAAGAACAUGAAGCUCUGGCAUGAUGUCUUUGUAACCAACAUCGAGGCCAUGGUUCGCGAUCUUGCGAGGACAGACGGUCAAAAGUCCGAAGACAUUGUAUACCACCUACGCAUCGCUACCUUAAAGAACUCACAAGUCGUCAUGGGCGGCUCGGGAGUUGAUCUCGACUGCAGCGACUUUCCCCACGUUAUCGGUGAAUACAAUUUCCUCGUAGUCUGGCGCCUCUGCCUACCAGAGUGGCUGUUCAGAUGGCUUCAAUACGGCCCUUUCGCACACCCACGCUUCCGUGUACGAUCCAGUGAUAAGCUUUUUGACCUGGGCGCAGCACUAUGUAAACAGGCUGCUGAAGUGGGUGAAGAACCAACUGAUAACGUGUACAAGUUGUUCACUGCACCAGACGCCAAAUAUCCCGUCGAGCAGUCAUGGACAGAUCCAGAAAUUGGUGCGGAGAUGGCAGGACAAGUUCUUGCUGCUACUGAAACAACUUCCUCGGCUCUGGCUUUCAUAUACUACGAACUAGCAAAGAACCCGAGUCUUCAGGAAGAGCUAUACAAGGAAGUGGCGAACCAUGAGGGUUAUGAAGAACUUGACUCUCUGAAGCUCCUUGACGCAUGUAUCAAGGAGGGUCUGCGUUUCCGCCCACCUGUCGCUCUAACUGGUUCACGCCUCGUACCUGACGGUGGUAUUAACGUUCUUGGCCACUACCUCCCCGCCGGCACCGUCGUAACCACACAAUCCCUUAGCAUGUCCCGCCAGCGCCCGGACCUCUUUCCCGACUUCGAUACCUACAACCCCCGACGUUGGCUCGUCGAGGACGAGCACAGUGCUGAGCGGCGGAAGAUGCUUGUUCCGUUCGGUGUGGGAGCGAGACGCUGCCCAGGAGGGAACAUGGCGACCUACCAGAUGCGACUCAUCUUGGCAGCGACGUUCAGGGCGUUUAGAGUUGAGGUUGCACCGGAGACGACGCCAGAAAAGAUGGCACCGUUUGAGGCGAAUGGGUAUCGAAGUAGGCAUGAUCGAUGUGAUCUGAUGUUCAAACCCAGGACGGAGUGA